AAAAGGAUGUUUCUUUGAAAAUGAAAAAGUUUUGUCAAAUUGGAAAAUAACAUCCUUUGACAAAUUUUUUACAAAAUCCAUUGAACGACGUUACAAACCUUUUUUGUACUAAGUACGCUCGUUUAACUCAUUCGAUAGAACAUUUAAGCUGUUGCAGUAUUAGCUGGAGUUGUUCCCCUUUUAAUGCUAAAUGAGUAACGUGAUCAAUGUUCUAUUUUUAUGAUUAAUUUUAAAGAUAUUUAAUUAAUCUAAUUAAUAUGACUUUUUAAUAAUAUUCUGGAUAUAGGGUAAGUGUGCCAAAUUUCGGCAUAGUUGCAUGCAAGCGUCAAAGUCUUAAGUUUGAAAUGUAUUUAAAUACAAAUUGAUUUUUUUAUUCUUUCUUCUGAAAGAGUGUUGCUUGGAACCUUGUAAAGAGUUUACCGUCUUUAUUUACUCUAAAAUCAUUCUUAAUACAUUUUAAAAUGAAUAAAAAUAUAGACAUAGCAUUGGUGCCCUAUUUCGGCCACCUUCAUUCUCAUAGUUUCUUGCCCUUCGGGAAUUCUUCUAAUGUCUUUUUUAGAUCAUCUUGUUCGUCGAAGCGACAUUUUUUGUUAUUCUUUUGCAUUGUAUAAUCUCUAGAGUACGUAAAAUCUAAAAGUUCAUGGAAAUUCGAGGAACAAAUAAGGUGGCCGAAAUUGCAAGCAGGCCGGAAUUAGGCACACUUACCCUAUCUUUGUAUCCCAUUGUUGGAUACUUUUAACUUUUAACCUUAAUUUUUUAUCUGAUCUAAUUAAGUGGUAUUGGAAAUAUUUAUCAAUAUCACGGGAAGAAAUUUGAUAAAUAAUAAUAAAUUGUUAUAAAUUGUCUCCAAGGUUGAUCUCAAUGCACGACACCUGAAUUUAGUGCAAUAUGCUUUAAACAGCUGUUGCUAUGAAAAUAUAUUUCCCGAGGAAAAUGCUGCGUUGGUAGUAAGAGAUGGUGACAAUAUGAGUUAGAUAAAAGGUUUCAUUGAUUCUAUUGUAAAUCACGACUGAAUUAAUUGAAAGUAUAGCUAAAUUAUUAAGGUAUAAUCUAUGGACAUGUUGGAAAAUAUCAUUAGAUUUGUUUAAAAUGCACUGAAAUUGAUUUAUUGAUAUUAAUGAACACUGGUGCUGAAUGCAAAUCAGAUAAACAAUUAUGCAAAUAAAUUUAAUACAUGGAAAAUGGAAAUUGGCGUGGAAAGUGAUACUGUGGGGCUGAGAGUGUUAACUGAAGGAAGUCCAAAAGGGAUGUUGACGAUGUUGAUUUAGGAAUUGAUUUCAUGGGAAUGGGGCCAAUGCUUUCCGGAGAUUAUAUUCUAUUCUCUUGUAUCAGAUGUUAUGAUAGAGUUAUGGGUAGAAAAUGACAAAAGCCUGUCUCAAUAUAGACAUCUUGUGAAUGGCUUAUCGGGCAUUGUUAGCUUUGACAUGGGUUAAGAAAAUUCCCAUUGAGGGCAGAAUAUCAGAAAAUUAAUUCAUCUUUGGGCUAUGUCCACAAAAUGGGCAGUUUGCUGGUAAAGUUGGCAAAUUGAAUAAAUAAUCCAUGACCCUGAAUGAUAAAACGAUAAAUCAAAUGACAAGAAACAAGAAAACAAGAGUGGGAUAUAAAUUCACUUUUGCGUAACUUUAGAUUGUCUUUAAGCACGGCUCUUGGUGCUUGAAAAGAUAGAGGAGCUAUAUGGAGGAGGAGGAAUUGCAUUUGUAACAAUGUGUACUGACCCACCAGCAGCCCCCCAUGUCGAUCCUCCAAGAGGAGAGCGAUUGUGAUUCUGUGGCGGGGGCACAUGAUAUCGAAUCACUCCAGCUUAUAUAAAGAGUCAGCACCUUUUCAUUCUUGAUUUCAAGUCAAUCGCACAACUCCGAAGUGGAUGAUACCCAUCAUCUCUCUUAGUUCUUUUCAAGAGAAGUUGUUGGGAUUUCAGUCGGAGUGAGAUUACAAAGUUUGUUUUGCAUUCCUCCCCAUUAUCCUUUUAUUUUCUCAAUCAAAAACUUAGCAUUUCUGUGAUUGUUUUUUGCUUUUGCAUGUGAUUGUUCGUUUUGUGAAAAAAAAGAAAUAUUCUUUUAAUUUUGCUUUACCGUGUUCAUCACAAUGGAAGUUCAGUUGCAACCAAAAGUUCAAUUAAACCCCCAAACAAAGGCAUACAAUGAGGAUUUCAUCGAAUAUGGGAUUUCCAAUUUGCUGUCGUUGCGGAGAGGAAGUGGAGUGUCGACGAAGAAAAUGUCUACACCAGCAGUUGCUCCUGCCACAGAGAAAAUCCACUAUGAACCAGUCACAGAAAAGGAUUCUGAGGAAAUAUUGAUAUUACUGAAAAAAUUCUUUUUCAAAGAUGAACCUUUGAAUACGUAUCUGGAUUUAGGAGAAUGCAAAGAACUGGAGCUGUACUCUACAAAAUGUAUAAAAGAAAAGUGUUCCUUCAAAGCACUAAAUUCCAAGAAUGAAAUUGUAGGAGUAUUCCUCAACGGACUUAUUCAUAGACCAAAAGAAGGAGAGGAACCUGUAAAAUUGGCUGAUGGCUGUGAACACAAGAAAUUCAGAAAAAUAAUGGGAUUGAUGGACUAUAUCGAUACGAAAUUCAAUCUUUUCGAUCUCUACCCAGACAUCGAUGUGGCUCUGGAUGGAAAAAUCCUCUCAGUGGACAGUAACUACCGUGGAAUGGGCAUUUCUGUUGAGCUCACGAACCUUACCAUUGAGCAUAUGCGACAGAAUAACAUUCCACUUAUGCAUGUGCUGUGUUCUAGUCACUUUUCUGCCCGCGUGAUGGAGAAGCUGGACUUUGAGGAGGUCUUUAGGAUGCCCUAUACCGAUUAUUUGGACAGCAAUGGGGAGCAAAUUCUCUGUCCAGCCCAUCCACAUGUAGCGUGUCGGACUUUAGUGAAGAGAAUCAUUCCAACGGCCCAGAAAUAAUGGACAGAAGAGGAGAGCACAGAAGAUACGUCAAUUAGAAUUUGUUGCGUGUUCAUUUGAAAUUUAUCAAAAUGUUCCAGAGUACGGUGAAUGUUUAAAAGAAAUUGUGCCAAAAUUACAAUAAAAAGCACUCCUGAAUCCACGAAAAAAAA